AUGCCAACAGGUUUAGCAUACUUAAGAGAAGUUGGAAUGAAAGUAGUUAAUGAUGAAAUACUUCAAUUAGCUAUUCCUACAAUAACAGAACAAAUAGAUCAAGGUCAAGUAUCUAUUUCAAAUACAUAUAUUGCAAAGUAUUGGGCUCCAACUGAUUAUAGUUUAGAUUUAAGUGGUCCUGAUUCAUUUACAUGGACAUUAUCUAAAAUGCAUAUUAGAGCUGUUGGAGAAUUUGAAGCUAGACUAAAUUCACCACUUUUAAUACCAACAGUACCAUUAAAAGGUGAAUUUGAAACAUUAUUAGGUCAUAUUAGUUUAUCAAUAUCAGUUAGAUUAUUUAGAAGUCCUUAUGGUUCUCCUCAAGUACAAUCUACUAAAUGUGCAUCACAAGUUGGAUAUGUUGAUUUAAAUGUUAGAAAUACUGGUGUAAUAACAGAUUUUUUUAUAAAUUCAUUUAAAGGAUUUUUAAUAUCACAUUUUAAACCAACAGUUGAACAAAGAAUGUGUCAAAUGAUUGAAAAAGUUAUUAAUAUUGAUAUGAAUUCAAUUUUAUCAACAAUGCCUUUAAAAGUAAGAAUUAAUGAAAAUGAUUUAGAUAUAAUUGGUCAAACAUUUGAUAAAACAAGAAAACCAUUUCAAAAAUUAAGAUUAAAUUCACAUUCAUUAAAAAAUGGAUCGUUAAUAAAUUUUAUAAAUGAUUUACGUGAUAAAAAUCUUGUUCUUGAUUAUUCGAUAAUGAGAAAUCCAUUUAUUAAUCAUGGUACAAUAACAAUGGUUGGAAAAGGUGAAAUAUCAUAUAAAGGUAUGGGUGGAACACCAUUUUAUCCUCCAAAUAUAGAAAUACCUCAACCACAUGGUGUACAUAUGCUUGAAUUUUAUGGAACUGAUUUUGUGGCUAAUUCAAUGUUAUAUCAUGCCUAUCGUCAAAAAUAUAUGGAUAUGAUUGUUGGACCUGAGUCAAACUUAAAAUUAAAAGAAAUAUUAUUAACAACAUGUAAAUCAGGAUUUUGUAUAGGAGAAUUUCUAGGUGAUCUUUCAACACAAUAUCCAGGACGUGAAAUUGAAAUUAAAUUUACUGCAAGAAAGGCUCCAAUUCUUGUAUUUGUAUCAAAUCGUGCCCGAUUCCGUUUACAUGGACGUAUGAAUAUGUACCUUCGACCUAAUAAUACAACACAAAUGAAAACUUUAAUUAUACGGUCAGAUACAACAAUGACAGCAAAUGUAUAUUUACAAAUAAUUAAAUCAAAAAUAACAGGAAAUGCAACAAUUGAAAAUUUAGAUUUUAAACUUAUUGAAUCAAAAAUUAGUAAUGUUGAUCAAUCAGUUUUUCAAGAUUUAGGUUUAUUUGGAGCUGAAUUUGUUGAAAAAUUAAUAUCAGAAAUCCUUGAAAUGGGAAUGCUUAUGCCUACAAUGAAGGGUAUUGUCUUAAAAAGUCCCAAACUUUCAAUUCAUGAUAGGUAUGUUAAAGUACAAACUUAUUUCAAAUUAGAUGAACAUUAUGCAGGAAGUUUAAUACAAGGAGCUGUUAAACAAAGUUUAAGAAAUGUUGGUUAA